AGGUCCCCAUAGAACAGCAAACUUGUUGAGCGCUCCAGUGAGGAGACAUGAGAGAUUGCGCAGAGACCAUGCAUAUGGCCAUAUAGGCAUUUUAAAAGCAUGCAAAAUACAUUUUAUUUCUUUUCCAAUAAGUUUUUUAAUACUUCGAUUUUUUAAGGAUAUUUUUGAGUCAACAGUGUGUCCUCACGUUGUUCAGAACAUUUUAUUAAAAUGCAGAUGCGUUUAAUUGACUCUCUAAUUUGCUUUAGUGCGCAUAUAUGUUUACUUGGUUGCAUACUGCAAACCACUCAUUCUCAACGCCUCCGUGAAUCAAGUCGAGCGAGUCCUGCCUCUGGCACGGGUCAAACCUUUCAGUGGCAGCACAAUGGCCAAGUUUUUAGAUUACUCAGCCACGGUUCGGAAUAUCAACCGGCGAGGCAAAGACAAAAUAAGGAUCAGUCUGAGGUCAAACCUAUAACUAUCGUCAGCGACGUGAACUCGGCGAACAGUCCUCCCAGCUCAUCCCGUUCACCAAAUCCCGUCACUGGAGGAGGACGCACCGGCGGCUUGCGUUGGUUACAAUCUCAAGCCCAGAGGCACAACCGUGGACCCAUCGGGCGCUUACAUCAUCCGGCUAAUCGAAAUGACAACUCAGGUAACGACACUGCCCGUGCUGAGCAAGGCAACUCUACUCGUGCUGAGCAAGGCAACUCUACUCGAACCCCUCCGUUAUCUAAUCUACGGAGAGAAGACGUGAUGGUCGGGGACGACCCUUAUGAUCCAUACAAGUCUAUUGAUGACCCAGACAACCCAUAUUACAAUUCCUAUGACACAUACGAGAGACCGCGACGCAGGCAGCGCCCGGGAUAUGGCACAAGGUACUUUCAACACGGACUGCCUGACCUUGUGCCAGACCCUUAUUAUAUCCAAGCCUCCACGUACGUCCAAAGAAUGCCCAUGUAUAACCUUAGAUGCGCAGCAGAGGAAAACUGCUUGGCAAGUUCAGCCUACGGAGCGCGAGACUAUGACACACGCAUGCUCCUGAGGUUUCCACAGCGAGUGAAGAACCAAGGAACCUCAGACUUCUUACCAAGCAGACCACGCUACUCAUGGGAGUGGCACAGCUGUCACCAGCACUACCACAGCAUGGAUGAGUUCAGCCACUACGACCUGUUGGAUUCGAGCACCCAGCACCGCGUGGCUGAGGGACACAAGGCCAGCUUCUGUCUGGAGGACACGUCCUGUGACUACGGCUUCUACAGACGAUUUGCUUGCACCUCACACACCCAGGGGCUGAGUCCAGGAUGCUAUGACACUUACAAUGCCGACAUUGAUUGCCAGUGGAUUGACAUCACUGAUGUAAAGCCUGGAAACUACAUACUCAAGAUCAGUGUGAACCCAAGCUACCAAGUCCCAGAAUCAGACUACAACAAUAAUAUUGUUCGCUGCGAUCUUCGGUAUACUGGCAAUUAUGCUUAUGUCUCUGGCUGUCAUGUAACACCAUACUGAGAAUGAAAUACUCUACCAGCAAAUGGAGGUCAAUCAAGAGAGUGAUCAAACCAUACAUUGAUCAUGAUAAUAUCAAUGGUAACUACUUGUACUGAAUGACCAUGGAUGCUGUUUUGAAGAAACACAGUAUAAAAGCACCACUGUGUGAAAGACAAAAUGUCUUACAAGAUUUAUUUUAAUUUUUGUAAAACUGCUCAUACUUACACAAUUCUAUGUUGUCAUUGCUUACUCAUUGCUUAUUAAGAUAUUGCAUUAACUGUGCAUAUGAAACUACACACUGAAUCACAGCUUUCUUCUGUCUUUUGUAUUAGCACAUAAUAAUGCAAAGAUGCCCUUCAACGGGCU